AUGUCGUUGAGAGAGGUUGCUUUACCUGCAAAGGGUGUGGCGGAUCGCCGUCCGUCGGGGACAGCUCAGGCGACUGAGCUGAUCCCGGUGGCGGCCCCAUCCGGCCCCCCACUUAUGACGAACCGGCUUACGACAACUGACCACGACAGGACUGACUCUUCGGAUUCUGAUGUGCUCUCUCGUAAUCGAGUGUUCAUUCUUAUGAACAAACUCGCCCAUGGGGGUUCCUACCCGGGUCGAAAGGACGACGAGGCGACUAUACUCGCCUUUUGUAACAUUCGGAAGGGUGCCACUCUGCCGUACACGAGGCGGCAAGUGUCGGGUGUGCCACCGAGAGCCCCGCCGGUCGAAUCGCGCGAGUCUGCGGUCCCGGCGGUGGCGGCCUCGGCGGGAGUUGCGCCGCUGGCCUCGACCACUGAAGAGGUCGAUGUGCCCCCGGCUGCACCCCUGGUCCCCAAGACACAAGAAGAGCCCGCGGCUACGCUAGCUGGGGCUGCCGAGAUGGAGGAUAUCGACCUGCCUGACGCAAAUAUGGCUGAGGCGAUUGCCGAGUCAGAGCGCCGUGACACUGACUCUGACGCUGCCCGUGCGCCCAGAAAGCGCCGGGCUAUGACGCAUCACGACUCCGACACUCCCUCUCAGACGGCUGACGCAGCGAGGCCGCGGAAGAAGGCCUCGAGGGCUUCCCGCCCUUCCACCACGGAGUCUGGGACGACUAUCGCGGGCUCCUCCGCGAGCGCCGCCUCGCCGAGACCGACGAAGACGGGGCGGCCCACUCGUCCACCUGCCACCUCCCGGCAGCCGGAUGAGGAUGGUUUUGUCGCCCCUCCCAGGAGGCACACUGCCAGGGCUGCUGCGCUGCAGCAACCGACGCCGCUGCCGACCACCAACGCGUUCGCGGGGGCCAGCGUGGACGCGAUGGAAGAUGGCGCCGCGCCUCCUGUGUCGGCCCAAAAGAAGCCCCCGCCAAUCGUCAUCCAAUGGGCGGGCGGGUACAAGGAGUUCCAGCAAAAACUAGACAGGGUGGCCACGACCGCCACUGUCAAGACUGCUGGCCGUGACCUCUACAAGGUCACAGUGUCCUCCAACGAGGAGUACCGCGCGGUGAUGGACACCAUCUCCAGAGAUGGCCUCCCCAAUGGCAGCAUCAACAGCAUUGAUGAAUGA